AAACUCUAUUACUUAAAGUUUUAAAAAACACUUUAGAGGAUCCAAAGAACACGACAAGAAAUCCAGGAUUGUAUGGGGCUAGGAAGGGAGUAGUUUCUCCGGUGUUCCCUAUCAUUCCAUAGCAACCUGCAAUCCAUCUCGACGAGAAGAGAGAGAGAAGAGAUGUCAGAUAACCCAUACGAGAGAGUGAAAGGAGGGCGCUUAACUUUCAAAGGUGGAGUAUUAGCCAGUAGCAGCAAAAGCAUUGAUAAAAAAAGAAGGAAGAAGAAAAACAAGGACAAGAACAAAGAAUCUGAUGAUAACCAUCAACAAGAAGCUGAUGUUCUUGAUGAACAACCCAUUACCCUCACUGAAUCUGGAGACCCAGUUUAUACAAUCGAUGCUGCGAAGAAGAUGAAAUACGAAGAUCUUUUUCCCGUUGAGGCUAAAAAGUUUGGUUAUGAUCCUAAAGUCAAGUCUAAAUCUGUACAAGAAGCUCUUGAUGAUCGCGUCAAGAAAAAAGCUGAUCGAUAUUGUAAAUAGAGGCAUUUGGAAGGCUUAUUGAAGCUGGUUUAUAGCAAAUCAACUAGAACUCCCAUGUUUAUUGGCAUGUUAGCAACUCGAAAGCUAGGAGACACCUACAAUAUUCUAGGCUAUUCAGUUGAUUGAAGCAGUGUAGACAUUCGAUGUAACGGUUGUGUUUUUUGAGGUUUGUCACCGAUUGUUGUACGUCCUCAGCUUUUGAAACUAGAAAACUUAUAACAUGCUAACCAAGAAAAAAUAUCGCGGAUGCGGGUGGAUUUUUGGUAACGUUUGCGUUGUUGUGUUGUUGUACGUCCUCAGCUUUCGAAACUAGAAAACUUAAAGAAUGCUAACCAAGAAAAAAUCUCGCGGAUGCGGGUGGAUUUUUGGUAACAUUUGCGUUGUCGUGGAAACUGCUUGUAACAAAUUGUGGUCGAUGGGGAGUGAAUUUUUUCAAAUUCACAUUAAAAUGUUCUAACCUUAUCUGUAUUGCUUUAUUUUGUGAAACAUUAUUACAACAUAAUGAAAUCAAAUCUAUCAAAAUAUUAUAUUUUA